AUGUCUGUUUCUGAAGUCAUUGACCGGCCGGUCAUGCCAAUGGGUCACAUCAACCCGGAUGUCCCACCCUUGACCGAGAAGCAGAACACCUUCAAUCCAUCUAACGUCCGUUCGCGUGAUGGCAGCACAGAUGAGUCGGAGCCUGAGGCCCUGGACGAGAAGACUGGACCUAGCUAUGUUGGCGAGAUGGAAGAGACCGAGAUGCACGAAGAACCCACAGUCGAUCCAUUCGUGCCGUUCGACGAUCUGCCGGACGAAAACCAUCGCAUCGUCACCGUUCGAGCAAUGCUGGUCGGCUGUAUCUGCGGUGCUCUGGUGAACGCUUCCAACCUCUACCUAGGUCUCAAGACUGGCUGGACGUUUAGUGCUUCGCUAUUUGGGGCCAUCGUCGGCUUCGGUGUCCUCAAGUCGCUGUCUCGUGCCCUGCCGGAGAAAUUUCCCAUCUUUGGCGGAUCUUUCGGUCCACGUGAGAACAACAUCGUGCAGACUGCAGCGACGGCGGCCGGAGGACUGUCGAGUGUUUUCAUCUCUGGCAUACCUGCUUUGUACCAACUCAACUUGCUCAGCACACCCAGGGAAGACUUUGGCCGUCUCAUCUCGCUUACCGUGGUCGGAGGCUACUUUGGCUUCCUGUUUGCCACGCCCCUUCGCAAAUUCUUCAUCAUCUACGUUGCACGAGAGCUCAAGCUCAUCUUCCCCACACCAUCAGCUACCGCCAUGACGAUCCGCAGUAUGCAUGCUGCUGCGACAGGUGAGCUAAUCGCCAAGAUGAAGCUUAAGGCGCUCGGAAUUGCAUUUUCAGCUGCAUUCGUCCUCCGGGUUGUGUCACAGUACGCUACGGGUCUACUCUGGGAUUGGCACAUCUUUACCUGGAUCUACAUCUGGUCGGGUCAUCACGACCUAGCACUUGCCGUAGAGAACUGGGGCUGGUAUAUCGAGUGGACUCCGGCUUUCAUCGGAAUUGGUGUACUCGUUGGCCUGAACACGGCCAUAUCGUUCUUUGCCGGGUCUGUGCUUGCCUGGGGUAUCAUCGGGCCAGCACUUGUCCAUAACGGUAUGGCCUUCGGUCAGACUGUCUACAGUGCAAAGAGUCCGAUGCACGAGCACUGGUCCGGCGUCGUCAGCUUUUCGGGUAUGGCUGGCAAAGCCGCGGCAAAGGCCACCCCCUCGCCUCGCUUUUGGCUGCUAUGGCCAGGUGUCCUGCUAAUGAUUGUUGUCUCCUUCACGGAGCUCGGGCUCCAGUACAAGGUCUUCUACUUUGUCGCGAAAGCCAUCUGGCGCGGUUGCUGCUCUAGUAUCAGUGCCGCGCUGCGAGCGACUGGGAAGAAGAGUGCAUUUCUCGAGAAGCAGGGUGAGCACAAGGAAGAUGCUCCUGUCAUAGAUCCGGCAGCGGAUCACGAGAUGGUCAAGCUCUGGAUGUGGCUACCACCACUCAUAGUUGUCAUCAUUUGCUCUUGUGUGGUCAUGGGAGUGCAAUUUGAGAUGCCAGUAGGCAUGAGCUUGUUAGCCAUCUUUCUGGCCUUCUUCUUCUCUAUUCUGGCAGUCCAGUGCGCUGGAGUAACGGAUAUCACACCACUCACUGCCGCCUCGAAAGCGUCGCAGAUCGUGCUUGGUGGCGCUACGAAAGGCGAGCAUUGGCCCGUUCAGCAUGCACAGCGCCUGAACCUCCUCGGCGGCUCCCUAGCCUCGAUGGGCGCUAAUCAAGCCCACGACCUGGUGGGCGACUUCCGGGUCGGGUUUCUACUCCGCACACCACCUCAGCAACAAUUCUUCGCCCAGGCUAUGGGCACACUGGUAGCAGUUUUUCUGGCACCAGCCCUGUUCAUGCUGUUUGCGAAGGCAUAUCCAUGCAUUAUCGUCCUGUCCUCCGAUCCAACAGCCAAAUGCCCAUUCAGCGCGCCUUCUGUCUCGGCAUGGCGAGCAGUCACAGUAGCGAUCACCGAUCCAGAGUUCCCCGUCCCGACAAGUUCUGGCAUCUUCAGCGUUGUCUUCUCCAUAUUCGGCGGCAUCAUGAUCGUCAUCCGCCACUACGCCUACACCGGCAAAUGGGCCAAAUACCGUAUCUACCACCCAAACAUGAUGUGCAUUGGUCUAGCCUUUGUCUUACCCCAAACAUACUACGGCACUGCCAUGAUCAUAGGGGCCGUCCCAGCAUACUUUUGGAUCAAGAAGAAUCCGAAACACUUCGAUAUCUACGGAUACGCUGUCGCCGCUGGACUGAUCGCUGGUGAGGGGAUUGGAGGUGUGAUCAACGCGAUCUUCCAGAUCGCUGGUAUUGCCGGGCCGAAUCCUUAUGGGACGCAGAUCGCUUGUCCUGCUUGGAGUUGCUGA